AUGGCAAGAUCAAGUCAAGCGCCGCUACGCCUCUUGACGAAUGCGACCAUCGUCACUGUCAAUAAGAGCCGGGAAAUCAUACUCGAUGGCGCAAUCCUCAUUGAAAACGGCCGUAUCACAGCACUCGGAAAGACAUCUGAUCUCAUCGAUAAAGUCAACCAGUAUGAGGACAGAAAUCUUGAUAUCGUGGACUGCAGGAACAAGAUCAUCAUACCGGGCUUGGUUAACACACACGCCCAUCUUGCGCAAUCACUGCUCCGUGGACUAGCCGAAGAUCUCCCAUUGCACAACUGGUUAUGUGAUGCAAUCUGGCCAUUGGAGGCCAACUACGCCGAAGACGAUGGCUAUGUGGCUUCAAUGCUGACGAUCGCGGAGAUGCUGAAGACGGGAACGACAUGUUUUCUUGAGGCUAUGCUCACGCAUAGGAGUGGCCUUGAGAACGUCGUCAGAGCAGUGGAAGAAACUGGCAUCCGUGCGUGUUUGGGCAAAUUGAUCAAAGUCGGCGAGACGAACUCAGAUCUCAACAUGAAAGAUGCCCGAGAUCGGGACGUGGACUCAAUGUCUGUGGAAGUUGCACUAUCAGCACACAAGAAGUACCAUGGCUCUUCCAACGACCGUCUACACAUGUGGUUCGCAGCGGGCACCCCUCGAGGCUCACCCAUGGCGGUCCACGCCACGAUCGGCGAAGCAGCGCGAGCACACGACAUCGGUCUCACUAUGCACUGCGCGGAAGCUCCUAAAGACUUGCCGAUCUACCGACAGUAUUACCAAUGCAGCCCUUUCGAGUUCUGCCGAGAUACGCAGCUGACGGGCCCGAAGUCAGUCUUCGCUCACUGCGUACAUCCGGACCCAGCGGCUGGGGACUUCGACAUAUUGCGGGAAAGUAAAAGCACUGUCUCGCAUAACCCUACAAGCAACCUCAAACUUGGGUCUGGUGUGGCACCGAUACCAGACAUGGUGGCCAGCGGUGUGAAUGUAGCUCUGGGGACUGAUGGUGCACCGUGUAAUAAUACGUACGAUAUGUUUCGGGAGAUGCAUCUAGCGUCCAUUCUACAUGGCGGCGUCAGACAAAAUGCUGGAGUCCUCAGCGCGUAUGAUGUCUUGGAGUUCGCGACGAUCAACGGCGCAAGGGCGCUAGGACUAGAAAACGAGAUCGGAAGCUUGGAGGUUGGGAAGAAAGCGGAUAUCGUCGUUGUUGAACCAAAAGGCGUAUCUUGUGCUCCCUGGGACCCGAACGAGCAGGCUUCCGGAAACAUUGAUCCGAUCACAGUGCUGAUUCAUUCUUCUGGUGCUGAUGUCGAUACAGUCCUCGUAGAUGGUCAGUUGCUUGUCAGUAACGGCAAGUUGCUGCACAUUGAUGAGGAGACGAUCAUACAGAAAGCAAAGAUGUCAGUGGCAGACAUACGGAAAAGGAGCGAUGUAGGUGCACGAAACCACAUGUCGUUAAAGUAUAUAUGA